UCUGACCGCACCGAUGGCCAUCAUUGGGUGAAUAACAUGGCUGAAUUAACUUUCCCGCAAGACGAAGGUCAAAGUAAAGCCUGGCGCUUUUUUUGAAAUGCCAUAUUGUUAGUAGAGAAGAAUGGAUCGCACAUUUAGAAUACGGGAAGUUCGGCCUGGUUCUGGUCGGGUCCAGGUGACUAUGAUGGAUGAAUCAGGCCCCUUCAACCCAGCUCCUGCCAUGAAACUCUGUGAGGAGGGUGAAGUGGAACUCUAUCUGUCCCAGGAGAGGCUGGAAUUACUGUGUGGAACAAAGAAUCUGACUCAGGUGACCUCACUGGAAAUCUGCGUGGACACUCGAGAAAACAGCCUUGGUAACUUUGGCUCUUACUUGCCUCGGCUGGUGCUGCUCAAAAUGAACAACAGUGUGCUCAUGUCUGUAAGAGACCUGGGAACCACCCUGUCCCACCUGCAGGUUCUAUGGAUGUCAUGUUGCCAUCUACAAGGCUUGGAUGGCAUUUCGACUAUUUCCUCUCUCAGGGAAUUGUACCUGGCCUUUAACCAAGUGUCCGACUUGAGUCAGGUUGGCAUGCUGGAGAAUCUACAGGUGUUAGAUUUGGAAGGAAAUGAUGUGAAUGACCUUGUCCAGGUUCAAUAUCUCAGGUUAUGUGGCAAACUACACACACUCACCUUGGAGGGAAACCCGGUGUGCCUGCAGCCAAACCCCACCACCACACAAAUCGAGUACAAUUAUUACCAUGCGGUGAGGGAGUUGGUUCCACAGCUGCGUUACCUUGACAACGCAAAAGUGGAGGAUGGCAGGUCGGGCUCAAGCAGCAACUUGUGGGAAGACUGGGCUAUUCUCCGAAACUACCUAAGGGACCCCACCCCGACAUUGAAUGGAGACCAAGCCGAAGGAAAUGGUGCAUAUAGCUGGUCCAGCUCAGCCAAGCGCCCUGCCUCCAGCCUCCGGCCUCGGUCAUCAGCAAGCACACCUAUAUCCAGACCUCUAUCAGCAAGUUCAUCUGGGUUUCUAUCCAGUCCAGUGUCCACACCCGGUUCUGUGGAUUCCGAUUUAGCUGAAGUUGAAGAAGACAGCAGUGUCCUGACGCAUGGAGCUGGUAAAAUUCUGUUCUGUGGAAACCCUGUCAAGGCAAUACGAGCAAGACGUGAAAAGUUGAGGACAGCACCCUGUACGUCCACUUCUACCCCCCUUAACCUGCCCAUUUCUGUGCCAGAGCACACGCUUACCCCUCAAGACCCUGAUGGGAAAGAGAGUGGUGGUGACGUGCUUGCUGAACUGAGAACCUGGAGGGAGAAACACUGCAGGUAUCUUGAAAAAAUAGAAAGAGAUAGACGACCACAAGUACUGGUUGUUCGACACGGCAACGACGAUGAAGAGGCUGAUGAUGAAGAGAAAGGAUUUGAUGUUAUGAGCGACAGUUGUGAUGAAGAACAUUGUGAGGAUAUUCUUGACACAAGUCCGUCUAAUUCAUCUUCCAAAUCUAUAUGUACAGAUGAGUUUGAAUCCAUGUCGACUGAUGUGGAUCCCUUUUUCUGUGACAACACACUUUCACCUUGUCCUCCACUAAGUUCCAAAUCAGCCUCUUGCCGGAAGAAGCCAAUAGGAAUCCGUGCACAUCGGAUUCGAAUCAACCCGGCCAAUUCAGAACACAAUCUUCAUUCCUGCAGCGAAGGAUGCAAAGUUUUAAAGGCCACAAGUACUGCACAGACUGACCUGCCAUUUAACCAAAAGUUGACAAGAAUGAAUAAGCUUUGUCCGUCAUUGCCUUUAAACAUUAGCCGUCCAUAUAAAUUAAGUAGCCUGGGAGGACAAAGCAAGGAUUCCUGUUUAGAGAUGGACGUGUACAGCCUGGCAACAAAAGUGAACUGUCAAAGAUCCUGGACAGAGCACCAGCUUCAAAUGCCUUCAGAGUGAGCACAAAUUAAACUGACACCAGAAUUAGCAGGAUUAGAAAGUCUCGACUAGGGCUAUAUUAUUUUUGUGCUUUUAUUUUUGGUUUGAAUUUUUUUAUUUCUGCAAGUACACAACACAUUUGUUACAGUUCCAUUUCACAUUUGACAUGACUUGUCGAAAAGGGAAGCAGGUUGAAGCAAUUUGCUUAUCUAAUCCCUUUAUUGAAACCGUUCCCAACAAUUUUUUAAAAUAUACAUAUACUCCGUAUAUAUGAGGCCCAACCA